CUGCUCCUCCACGUCGCGUCUUUCCACGCCGCCGGACCCCCCCGCGCUGGGCGGCCGUGGUGAGUCAGCGCCGGGCCCGUCGCGCCCGGUCCCCCCCCACCCCCGGUGAGUCGGCGGCGGCGCUGCGGGUCAUGCUCGGGCAUGUCGGGCCGGGCCGGCGCGGGAGCUAAGCCCUGACUUGCCUCCUGGCAGCGCUAUAUAAGGACCGGCCCGGCCCGACUUGGCCCAGACGCAGCCGCCGGAGUCCGGCGUGGGGACUGGACGAGGCACCGAGGCAAAUGUGCAAUACCAAGAUGUCCUCCCUUACGGAUGCCGCCUCUGUCACCGCUUCGGAGCAAGAGGCGCUGGUUAAACCAAAGCCACUAUUGUUGAAGUUGUUAAAGUUAGCUGGUGCUGAAAAGGACACUUUUACUAUGAAGGAGGUAAUAUUCUAUAUUGGACAAUAUAUUAUGUCUAAACAAUUAUAUGAUGAAAAACAGCAGCAUAUUGUACACUGUGCAAAUGAUCUCCUGGGGGAUUUAUUUGGAGUAACAAGCUUUUCAGUAAAAGAACACAGGAGACUAUAUUCAAUGAUUUCCAGAAAUCUGAUAGUAAUCAAUCAACAAGACUCUACCCUUGGUGACACACCUGAAGAUGAUGCCACAUGUCAGCCUGAAGAAGAAAAUGUUCUUAAGGAGUCUAUGCAAGAGUCAGAAGAGAAGCAGACUUCAUCAAACGUGACUUCUCGACCUACUACAUCUUCUAGGAGGAGGACACACAGUGAAUCUGAAGAAAAUUCUUCAGAUGAUCUGCCUAGUGAUAGAAGAAAGCGACACAAGUCAGACAGCAUUUCAUUGACGUUUGACGAAAGUCUCUCAUGGUGUGUAGUCAGUGGUCUGUGCCGUGAAAGAAGCAAUAGCAGUGAUUCAACAGAUUCUCUGUCUAUUCCUGAUCUUGAUGCCAGUUCAUUAAGUGAAAAUUCUGAUUGGUUCGACCACAGUUCUGUAUCAGACCAGUUCAGUGUUGAGUUUGAAGUUGAGUCUAUUUAUUCAGAAGAUUAUAGCCAUAAUGAAGAAGGGCAGGAGCUCACAGAUGAAGAUGAUGAGGUUUAUCAGCUGACUAUUUACCAGGAUGAAGAUAGUGAUGCUGAUUCAUUUGAUGAAGAUCCAGAGAUUUCUYUAGCUGAUUAUUGGAAGUGUCCCGAGUGUAGUGAAAUGAAUCCUCCACUACCACGACAUUGCCACAGAUGCUGGGCUCUACGUGAGGAUUGGCUUCCAGAUGAAAAGAGUGAGAAACUGGAMAAGAGCAAAUUAGAAGGCUCCUUCCCUGCAGAGUCUGGAGAAGGUUUUGAUGUUCCUGACUGCAAGAAAACAAAAAUGACUGAAGAUAAAGAGCCAGCUGUGGAUGAGAAUGAGGAUAAAGCAGUACAGAUUUCUGAGUCACAGGAAAGUGAAGGUUAUUCCCAGCCAUCAACAUCAAGCAGCAUGUUUUGUAGCAGUCAGGAGGACUUUAAGGAGCCUGAGAAAAGAGAAUCGCAAGACAAAGAAGAAAGCAUGGAAUCCAGUCUGCCUGUUACCAGCAUAGAGCCCUGUGUCAUAUGCCAGAGCAGACCUAAAAAUGGCUGCAUAGUACAUGGCAAAACAGGACACCUCAUGUCGUGUUUUACGUGCGCAAAAAAGCUGAAGAAGAGGAACAAACCCUGCCCGGUGUGCAGGCAGCCCAUACAAAUGAUUGUACUAACUUAUUUUAGUUAAACACAUGUUGACUGGAAUGCUGCAAAAGAAACUUCAUGAACUGUUUAAGAGAGUAAGAAAUUAUUUUUGUAUGCUUACUGGAAGAUUAAUAUUUUGUGUCUCUUUACAUUCUGUAUGAAAAAUAAUUGUUGACAUAAAUGCACUGAAGUUAUUAAGAGGUUUGCCUAAUAUUUGUAAGUCAACUUGGAGAUCUUAMAUAACUUUCAGUAGAAAUAACCAAGCCUUGUAAACCACCUGCCUCUCCAAGUGUUUAAUGUUCCAUGCAAGGUAGUGACAUUUGUUUUAUUGAAUUAAAUACACACAUUAAAACCCCCAAUUCAAGGAUUGUUGGAGGAGAGACAUGUUGGAGUGUUGAUUCCUGCAAGUUCCUCUUUUAAGAGAAUAGAUUACCCAGGGGUAAUCUAGUCUUAUGGGUGAAGACAUAAGGUUCAAUCAGACCCCUCUGAAUAAGUCAAUAAAAUUAAUAAAUAGAAUCUUGAUUUAAAUUCUUCCAAGUAUCCAAAUUAUGUGGGAGAUCUUACCAGGAAAUGGGGAAAUAUAUGGUAGAAAAUAAUUAGUACUUUGGAAACAGAAAAGGAUAUCAUGUGUCAUUUAUUUUUAUAGUGUGCAUUGUAAAUUUUGGGGCUGUGUGUCCCCUGAGAAAUCAUUGAUCCAAGCUCAGUCAUACAGCUCUCUCUCUCAAAUGUCUUGAGAAACUAACAGUUGAGGGUUUGGAGGUCUGUACUAUCCUGAUUAUGAUGAUUAUCAUUAAUUUAGCAGCAUGAGAAAAGUCUCAGGCAGACAAGAUGAAUGAAGGAUAUUCUAUGUAUUCUCAUGUCAGGGAGUAUUAGGGGACGGUUGUUUUCUUUUUGUUGUUUUUGUCUUCAGAAUACAUGCCACUGCAUUGCUACAUUCGUAGAAUAAAAGCAGUAAGAAAAAAAGUCCACCUUCAUCUGAAGAAACAAGUAAGCUGUGCAGUUCUAGUUCAUGUUCUUUAAGUUCAGUAGUCUUUCCAACUCACUGUUCUUACCUGUAUCACAAGAAUUCUGAAAAUCUGUUGCAAGGUCUUUGGUCAACUCCAAAUUGGUGUCGUUGGACCUGUCCUUUACUGCUUUUACAUCUUGUCUCCUCACUGUACUUUGUGAAAAACUGUGUGAAACUCACCAGUUCUGUGCCCAGGGAGUCUGCUGACUGCCUCAGUUCUGGGAGCCUUCAGACUCUGUAGAGUAUGGAAAUGAGGAUAUGGUAAAGAUCACUCAGUUCCUUCUCAUGGAGAAGUUUCUGUGCAURGAAGUUUCUGAAACAUGGAGAGUUUCUGUGUCAGUGAGGGAUAUUUAUUCCUUUGGAAAACUAUGUUACAAGAGAAGUUGCGUAUUUUUAGCACCUUUUGUUUUUACAGGUAGUUAGUGAUCAUCUGCCCAAUAGGGAAUGACAGACAGGGGAGUGCCAAGAAUGGAGGUGUGGCCAAGGCUGAACAGCUUCCCUGACACCAGCACUAUAAAAUUACUGAUGCCUGUGUGCUGGCACAGACUUCUACUGCUCUCUUUACCUCCAUGGCUGCAAAUGCCUGGAGGUACCUAAGAAAAUGACAUAAAGAUGUACAGGAGAAACUCAGUAAAUCCUUGGUUGUGACUUGGUUAAAAAAUAUUAACUUCAUAGAUAAAGUCUAAAUUAUUGGGAUCAUUCACAUUUUAUUCAUACAUUUGAGCUGUUUUUUAAAAAAUACCACUAGAAGAUACUGUGUACCUGAAGUUCUAAUACAGUUCAUUUUUGAACUAAACAAAAUAUAAACCCCAGUUGUUUACAUGCAAAUUCUUACUUGCAAGUUUCUUGCCCCUUUGUAAAGUCUGUAAAGUGACAGCAGGUCGCUGGAAGUUGUUCAAAGUUUUUUGAUCAGCAGAAACCUUUCAUGAGUUUUACAGAAUUUGGUAAUCCUACAGCCUGAGAUGAAGGCCUUUGGGCAGAUAGUUAAUUUUUUCAAGUGAGGAUACUAACAGAGAGUUACCUGCCUUAAUUUGCACUUCCUAUUUUUUUUUUAUUUUUGAUUUGAUAAACUUUUCUUYGCACCUGCAGGUGAGAGAACUGUAGAUGUGUCUAUGCAGGAGCAUCAGUAACAUGAAGAGUGUCCCUAAAAUGCUUCAUCUAUAAGCUUUGCCUGUUGCAUUGCUCCCACGCCUUCCCCUUUUUCAGUGUGAUGCCUUUGCUGCAGUCACUGCCCUGGCUGUGUAAGUGCAGUGCUGGAGGAGCAGCUGUCCUUAUCUAGUUCCUGUUAGGACAAAUUGUACCAUCCCACUCUUGGCAUUCUCUUCCAGUCACAUGCCUUCUGUUGCAGAGAAUAGCUCUGGAAAUGCCUUCCACUCGAUACAUUGGUGAGAAAAUGGGGAAUUUUGAUUUCUACAUCUGCAAAUCACUGUGUCAAAUAUUUUGGGUUAAGUUACAUUUUAUGACUUAAUAUUUUCUUAAUGACUUCUAGUACAACUUCCAUUUGUCUGGUGUGGGGGCAUGCCUUCCAAAUGGGUAUUGGAUGGGUAUUGAUGCCUGUUCCUGCUCCUCUCAGGGACACUGGCAGGCGAGUGCAAGUGCAGGCUUGGUGGGCUGUGUCUGUGACAGGGUGACUCCCGUGGUGACACUGGCUGUGGCCUGGAGCCUUUGGCUCUGCCUUCAUCCUGUAUCUCAGCUUGGCCAUGCUCUUAUCUGUGGGCAUGAGCAGCAAGCACCCUGCUUCUUCUGGCCCGUAAACGCAUUUCUGACCUUGGGUAGUUGUACGAAAAGUAAAGUUUUGGUACAAGAGUUCUUUGGUGAGGUGUUUGGAUCAUUAUUUAAUAUCGCACACAUUUUAAUCUUUAAUUUAUUGUUGUUUGUAAAUAUCCUAGUGCUCAGGUUAAUGUUUUGAGCUCUAAUUUAUUGAAUUAGUCUACUGGUACAUGUGUAGUUAUAUAAAUACGCUUAUUUAGUAAAUUACAGGCACAAGAAAAAUAUUUUAAUAAAUGUAGCAUUAAAAUACAGAGAAGUAUGCAUAUUAUAUUCAGAUUAAGAAGGGCACAGGAAGAUURUGGCUAGGUUUCUUUUUUUCCUUCCCUUAAAACAACUGCACUGAGCCUGAACAACAUUUAUUAUAUAGAGAUGGAGUUAGUGCAACAUUAACAUAGUGAAAAUAUUUUGGUGGUGUUUUGCUUUCCUUUGGAAUGCUUUUGCAUCUCUGAGUACAGGCAAGGCUCUGACUGACUGCUUCCGGCUGCUGGUAACAUUGGGAGUGAUGGUCUAGAAGAUGCAGGAUGGUGAUGGGAGGCUUUAAGGUUAAUUUGCAGCAUUUGGUAAUGGCUUUUGCCUUUGGACACGGGACCAAGAAGGUUGUAGGGGAGGCCAGAUGCUGACAGGAUGUCUGUACACAAUUUUCUUAGUUUCUUCCAUCUUGAUCAGGUACACAAUAGUUAUGUACAAAUGGUGGAAGAACUCACAUUUAUUUUUUAUAAAGUAAAUAAACCUUGUAUUGUAAACCUGUAUUUAAACUUCUUGUUUAAAUACAACUCUAUAACUAUYUACCUAUUUAUUAGCAUUGAAAUUAUAUUAGUAUUGAAAUUCACCUCACACUGGCAGGAUCACGGGCCGUGCCAUCCUGCACCGCUCCUGUUAGCAGCUGAUUUAGAAAGGGUAAAGUGCUUCAAAAGGUUCACUGAUUAAAAGCUUGCAUCUCUUCUAAUAGUGUGGUACAAUUUUAUCACUGAGUUCUGUUUGCUGUAAAUUUGUUCAAAUGUUGUCUCUGAAGUGUCUCUGGGUAUGAGGACACAUGCAGGACUUCAGGCAGAAUUUUUUUUCUCUUAUGACUAACGAGAGGAAAAAAAAUUCCUAGUUCUUACAGAAGGUGUCAGUAAGAAUAAUUGUCUCAGAAAAUUGUGUCUUACAAAAGAGAUUAGAAAAUUAUUAGAAGUAUAAUGAAACUGAAUAAACAGGAGGAAUACAAGGGUGAAGGUUUUUUCUUCCCCAUCUUUAUUUAAAGCUGUUGCUGUGUUAGGGUAUAACUGAGUUUAUGAUUUUAAAACAGUAAUUUAUUGGGUAUAUUAAUUUGCCACACRCAUGGUGGGCAUGUAAUCCCUUAUCCCAGGCAGAUACGAUAUUUUGUUGGGCAGAUUUUGUCCUGAAAAGGGGCAUUUGUUGUUGUGGUGCUUCCCUGAGGGAAAGAGCAUUGGACACGUUCAUGGGACUUGUGGAUGGGCAGCAUAGUGGAGGGCUGUGGGGUCACCUUGGUUCUGCAGCAUAGCAGAGCUUUGCUAGAGCAUCAGUCCUCAGCUCUUCUCAGUGAUUACCUGCCCUGCCUUUUCCAGCUCCUCCAUACCAGAGUCCCAGGCAUAUCUUCUUCUUUAAAGGUUGCACAAGGAAAGCACAAAACCAGCUUAAGGUUUUUACAAUGGAUUGCACUUGGCUUCUAACUAAAGUGUGGGGGCUUUGUUGUUGGUUUUUUUGKUUUUUUUUUUUUAGCACAAAUGCACUGAAAGCUUCAAGUGAAUUCCUCUCUAGUGUAUCUACAGCUAUAUUAUACAUGUGAAGUUUGUCAGUGAUAUUUAAAAAGGUGGUGGCUCCCCUUUGGAGUAGAUGUUUUAGCUUAACCGCCUGAUUYUAAAGGACAGUUCUUGGUCUUGAGCCAAAGUAGUUGCAGUCGGGAUGAUGAUUAAUUAAUGCCUAAAAUACCAAUAGCUUUUCUAAAAUCAGUCUUUGACUACACAUAGGUGGAAUGACUGUUAAACAGAGUAGUUCAUAUUUAAAUGACUAUGCAACAUGCUUUCAAGAGCUUGACCUGGUGUAUUACUUUCCAGCUGCACGUAUGACCACAGUCAGUAACCAUUAAAAUGCAACUAUCCACUCCAAUUGCACAGAGUUUAAACCUAUUUAUGAGACGUUUCACGUGUGUUGCAUUUAUCUUUCUGUUUUCAGUUUUUCCUUUUCUGAGGGAAACUGAGUACUGUGUUCUAUUUAAAAGCUUUAAAUAAAGAUUUGUUUAUAUAUUCCAUA